AUGGGAUUUCAUAGACGUUACUUAUUUAAGGAAGCUAUUGAAUAUGGAUAUGCAAUUCCACAGACAUCGACCUCAUGUGCAAAAAAAAUAUUCGUUUGGUUUCGAUUAAUUGGAACACUAUGGCCACCAGCUACACAAUUAGCAAUCGGUGCAGAUCGCGCAGCUUGUAUUCUGAAACCGUUCUGGCAUCGACGUCAUCUAGACAAUAAAGACGUUCAACUGUGCACUGCCAGUUUGUUAUUUGUAGUGAUAUCGUUGAUUGCCGGUUUUAUCAUAGUACUCACGUCUAGUGAUCGUGACGUUUACUUUUAUUGUGGUCGAAAAACAACCUUUUCAAGAGGAUAUACUUUUUAUGUUUAUUUUGUUGAGACAUUUGGGUACUUCAUUGCGCUAUUCCUCAGUUCAAUUGCUUACUACAGCGCUCGAAAAGUACAGCAAACGAGGGCAGUAAAAAUUCAAAUGCGAAAAAUUCGCUAUGUUUUAGCGCUUGGAUUUUUAUCAAGUAUAUUUGUUGCUGUACCAAAUAUUGUUUCCAUAAUAUCCGCAAUUAUUACUCGAAUUGUUGGUUUUGAAUUAUUUUGUUAA